UGAUAUAAAUAAAUGGCUGUUCGGGGUGACAAAAGCAAAUGUGUUAAAGUCACACAUAUAUACAGAGAGAAAAAGAGAGUGAUAUGGCUUGCAGGCAAUUGUGGGCUUCAAGAGCAGCCUCUUACCUGAGGAUCUCUGUCUUCCACAGAGGCUUUUCUAAUGUUGUUAAAGAUUUGAAGUAUGCUGAUUCUCACGAGUGGGUAAAAGUUGAUGGAAAUUCUGCAACAGUUGGCAUAACUGAUCAUGCCCAAGAUCAUUUGGGUGAUGUUGUAUAUGUUGAAUUGCCAGAAGUGGGAGCAGCUGUAACUCAAGGAGCUAGUUUUGGUGCAGUUGAAAGUGUUAAGGCAACUAGUGAUAUUAACUCUCCUGUUUCAGGAAAAGUGGUUGAAGUUAAUGAAGAACUUCACAGUUCUCCAGCUUUGGUCAACUCAAGCCCUUAUGAAAAUGGAUGGAUAAUUAAAGUUGAGAUGAGUGACAAUGGUGAAUUAAACAAUUUGAUGGACCCAGAAAAGUACUCCAAAUUCUGUGAAGAAGAAGAUUCCAAGCAUUGACUGUCUUGCCAAGAUCUUUCAGCACUCCCCAUGGUGUAGAUCAUGUUAAAUUGGGAAAUUGGGAAAGCUAAGAAUUGCUUAUUCUCUUUACACCUUUGUCCUUGUGUCAUGUAUGCACUGCUCUAUUUUUAUUUUUCAUGAGCUUCUGACUCACCCUUUGCAAUGGAAAUAUGAAAUUGAUAACGUGGCAAA